AUGGGCGUUAUAAUUGCAAGCAUAAAAACUGUGUCUGAAGCGACUCAAUCCUCUUCGCUGUUUGGCUGGGCUGCAUUUGUGUUGAUCGCAGCGUCUCUAGUGUACGCCUACAUCAAUGCGACAGCUAAACCAGGACCGUGUUAUUUGAAAACAUACAAGCCUCUUCCGGUUGUAAAGGCUAACAACAAAAAUAGAAAGUAUGGACAUUGGGUUCCGGAGCAGUUCACCUAUCCGAAAGUGGAACCUUAUCCAGAUUGGUCUAUCGACGAGACCCCUCCAAUUCCAUAUCGCGCAUUUAAACACACCUAUUUCAUUACCAUGGGAAUCAGAAACAUGGAAUGGGAUAGCUGGAUUGAGCUCGACAAUGAGUGGCACAAAUACCACAAUCGCAAACAAGAACGUAUCAGAGAGAGAGAUUCCGAUCUGUAUGGAACAAGUCCCGAAGCUUGGGACGGAGCCAUGGAGCUGUUGGAGGAAUUUAGAAACUACUUACCUCAAAGAUAUCCAAGUCUGUUCCGUGCUACCGAGAAGGGAAUUGAUAACAUCGUGACUGGAGAAUCUUUUGAGUUCCUUGGUAUUCCAAAAUCAGACUUCAAAAUGGAUCCAAUGUUAAUGGCUGCUUACAUGGUUCAAGACGAUCUUGCAGUCAUGGUGGAAAACGAAUUCGGUGAAUACGUUCUCAAAGGUGGUGCGAUCAUGCUUGCAGGCUUCUGGAGACUCAAAGACAAAUUGAACCUACCUUUGAGUGCUAUCCACACUACGGGAGAUGUUCCAAAGUAUAACGAGAAGCUCAAGUCCGGCAUGGAAAAGUUCUUUAUUAGACAAACUUGCGAUAAGCCAGUUGUGCGAAACAACUACUUUUUACAGACUGAUGAUGACCUUGCUUGGUCUUAUUCUAUCGGUGAUGAAGGAAAAGAAGUUGUUGGCUGGUAUACCGCUUCUCCAGCUACCGAUAUAAACAAGAUUUACUUCAGAUCAGAGAGACAAUCUGUUAGACGCUUGCCAAAAACUGGGGUCACCAUCUUUACCAUUAGAACCUACUUCUCCCCAAUUGUCAAACUCUGUGAGGAGCCAUAUGUUCCUCUCAGACUACUUGAUGGUAUUUUAAGUUGGGAAAAAGACGUCCAGGACUACAGAGGGUACACUAUUUUCAAAGAUGUUCUCCUACCUUAUUUAAGGGAAAAAGCAGAUGAACAGCAAAAGAUGGGCUACACCCAGGAUAAAGAGCCAAACAACUAUCCAUUUUGA